AAGCACAGUAAACACAUGGGCCGAGUCGAAUCGUUGGCAGUCGAUACUCCAGCACCGUACGAGCAACAGUUCGCCUCGAUUCUCUGGCUAUUCCUUUCUCAGCCAUCACCAUGCCUCCUCCAAUACCAGAACAGCUUACUAAAUAUGAGAAGAUCGAGGCGCUUGUUAAAGGCUUCAAGCUGUCCACCUUGACGUAUAAACGCAUCAUGCAUUUGCUGGACGCCGAAAUGAACAACGGACUGACCAAACACACACAUCACGUGGCUGACAUUAAAAUGUUCCCCACAUUCGUCAGAUCUUUACCCGAUGGAACAGAAACUGGAAGUUUUCUUGCGCUGGAUCUGGGCGGCACAAAUUUCCGCGUUCUGUUGGUGAAGAUAGACGAGCUGGACGUGGACAUUCAGAGUAAAACCUACCUCAUACCGCAGAGGAUUAUGCUCGGCACUGGACAACAACUCUUUGACCACAUAGCUGACUGUAUCGGGAAGUUCAUAAAUGAACACGACUUGAAGGGUCAGAAGUUGCCCCUUGGCUUCACCUUCUCCUUCCCGUGUAGACAGGAAGGGUUGGCCAAAGCGAGGCUCUCAAAAUGGACCAAGGGGUUCCGGUGCGAGGGGGUAGUGGGUGAAGACAUCUGCCAACUCCUACACGAAGCUUUGAAAAGACGAACAAACACAGACGUGGAGAUAGUUGCGAUUGUGAACGACGCUGUAGGAACUCUGAUGUCUGCCGCUCAUGGUGACAGGGCGUGUGAGAUCGGACUCAUCCUCGGUACAGGUUGCAAUGCUUGCUAUAUGGAAACACUUGACAAUGUUGGCUUGUGGGACACAGAUAAUAAGGAUAAAGCUCAUCCUAACCAGGUAAUCAUCAACACGGAGUGGGGAGCCUUUGGUGACAAUGGUUGUCUGGAUUUCGUCCGGACAGAGUACGACAGGGAGCUCGACACAUAUUCCAUUAACCCAGGAAAACAGAUUAUGGAGAAGAUGAUCUCCGGGAUGUACAUGGGGGAGAUAGUCAGACUGACGCUAGAACGUCUGACGUCAGAGGGCCUCGUCUUCAUGGGCGCCGACCGAGACAGUCUGCUGUUCGAACGCGGCAAGUUCUACACCAAAUACGUCUCAGAAAUAGAAAGUGACCACGAUGAGUUUUUCCGCAACACGAAGCAGGUCCUGGAGGAGUUGGGCAUCGACAACUUUACGACGGAGGACUGCAAGAUCAUCAAGUAUGUCUGUACCCUCGUGUCGGCCAGGUCGGCAUUCCUCGCAGCCGCAGGACUUGCUACAUUAAUCAACCGCUUGAAGAAACCGGAAAUGACGAUAGCAGUUGAUGGAUCCCUCUACCGCUUUCACCCGCGAUUUCACAAUUUGAUGUCGCUCAAAAUAAAGGAGCUUGUUCAUAAUGGCCUAAAGUUUAAGCUAUCACUUUCUCACGACGGAAGCGGAAAGGGGGCAGCGCUCGUUGCGGCCGUUGCCAUGCGACUGCGGAGUCUCAAAGUUUGAAAACGAGGUUGAAAGAGAUGUGAUCACGUGCCAAGUGGUUACUGUGUGGUUGUCACGUGUUACUAUGUGUAGCUAAAAUUGACUGGUGUGCUUCACACUGUUAUCAUGCGAUCCCAACAGACAUCCUGGAUAAAUGUUACUUGACUGUGACGUCACUGGCAUAAGCAGGAAAUCGGCUUCUCGGCGAGGUGAAAGAACUGAACUGAUGUAAAUUUGUAUUCUGAAUGGCAGCAUUAUUUCUGUAUAUAAGCUUCAACCUGCGCUGACUCUGUGAAAGCUUCUAUGCUGUAGACAUACGUGAUGUGGAUGUUUAUACAGUUUUGACCAUAUUGGUUAAGUACGGACUCCCAGAAAGAGUUGUCGACAAUUGAGUGCAUAAUUAUAAUUAUUCUUGUAAGACACAGAAAACGCUCGAAUUUGAUUUAUUGAUCAAACUUUCAGACAGAAGUCUAUUUUCCAUGUGUUUUGAGUUGUUAGUGAAUUGUGAUCUUGCAUCUGUACCUGAAGAUAUAGUGUGUAGCUACUUCAAAUAUAAGGACAUGGUGUCAUAUAUUAGAAAGAAUGAAUUUUGUUCUUUAAAACAACAUAUAUUUAUGUAGCACAGAAAAUUAUUAUUGUUGUAUAUUUUAAACAAAACCAGUAGAGAUUUUUUGUGAUAUUAUGAGAGAUCUUUAAUUUGAAGGACAAAGUUUUGAAAUUUGUUGGUAUGUUUAGUUCCUUACUAAUGUGUUUGUACAUAACAUUAUUAUUACAUGGUGAUAAAUUCUUCAGAAAUAUUCACUGAGUGUACAGCUACUUUCAAACGUGUGUCACACAACUACUGAAAGGAAGUACAGUGUAACCCCAUGUAAACCGGACACCCAUUGGACUGAAUAAAACGUCUGGUUUUAAGGGGUGUCUGUUUUAGAGAGGUUAUGUUCUGUACUGAUAUUUAAAAAAGAGACCGCGAAAAACGUCCGGUUUUGAGGGAAUUCCGGUUUACAAAUGGUCUGGUUUUAAGGGUUUUAACUGUACAUAAUGACCUCUUAAAACAGAUGAAUGUCGAUUUAGGAGAAACUUAAGGUGACCUCUAAAGACAGGUGACAGGUAAAAGGGGUGGACUACUUGAGCUAGUUUGUAUUUCAGACAAUGAUAAGCAUAUUGCAGUCGCUUCAGAAACACCUCUUUGACCUGGCAUUUUCUGACGGACGAACAAUCUUGGUCGCUCGCAAGACUGGGGUUUUAUGUUUAACGUCAAGUGAAUGAGAUAUGAUAGAAGACGAGGGUACCAGUCAAACAGUUCACGAUCGGUCGACCUCCUGAACAGCCAGGCCACAGUCCUUCCUCCAACUCGGGAGUCCAGACGCCAAGCUUGUAAAACUUUUAAGGGUCGACUUUAACGAAAUCUUCCCCAUACAAAAACAUGUAGUUAAAGUUAGCUAAAGUCUUGAGUCUGGACCUUUUAAAAUACAGGCAAAGGUCGUACUCUUCUUUUGGAUUUGCCAUUGCACGCACUUGCAGAACUUCAGACUCCAGUAUUGUUUGAACACUGGUAGAAGUAGCAUAAGCAAUCAAGUCGCGACUUAAGAGAAAGUCUCCAUACGUUACCUACGUCCUUUGUGAGCGUGACUUUAUUAUAUCGUCGACUCUAGUUUAAAAAGUUUUAUAAGCGCAGCGCCAAGUCUGUAUAAUCACACAUGAAUGAGAUUCGUCCCUUAAUAUUAAAGGAAACUGCUUUUUGACGUGUUCCCUUCAUCUAGAAUGUUGUCUGCUCGCGAUUCUAAACUGGUGACACUUGGGCUUUCAAGGCCGACGAUAAUUUUACAGUUAAGAAAAAAAAAAGUUUCAAGUCAACCCAGUCAGAGAUUCAUCUCCAACCUUUGACGUCUCUGACCCCGAGUCACUGAAGUUGACAAAUGUCUAACUUAAGGCCCUGGCGGAGUUUGAGUCAUAUGACCUUGGAGCUCCUACUUAUUACCUGCCCAGCCUUCAAGAUGAGGUAUGCGUGGGAGUGCCUGUAAUCCGAUGUUAUUCUUUUUCUAUACGGUCUUUCAUUGUAUGUCUAAUGUAGCAGACAGCCUCUGAAGCUUUACGCGCAAACCUGUUUACAAUAUGUGUAUAAUUGAAAAAAAGUUCUGUUGUUGUUGUUGUUAAUAGUAUAGGCCUACGUAUCUUGCUAACUUUAAUAAGUGUUGCUAAUGCGGGCAACAGGUUUUAAGUGGUAUCCACGUGUUUAUUUUUCUUAUUCGUGACACGGCAUACGUGUACGUUAAUAGACAUACUUUUCUUUGUAAAUAUACAGCAGGAUAAAAAUUCAACUCAAAACCGUGAUGUUUGGUAUACCGUGCCAAGUGUUGUGUAUUGUUGGUGAAUGUAUACUUUGGAAAUAAUUAUUUGUGGGGCUAUACCUUUUGUUAUAACACGAGUUUUACCUUCACCGAACAACAUGAGUUAACUUUCAGUAACUGUUAUCAAGUACCAUCUACUGAAAAAAAUAAUAAUUACCUUAGUUUUGGUUAAGGUUUCCAGACGCGUGUGCAGGGGGAGGACUAAUAGAUAGUAUGAUUGCCCCCCCCCCCCCCCCCCCCCCCCCCCCCCCCCCCCCCCCCCCCACCAGCAAUGUUGGUGAUCUCCUAAUACAAAACGCCGAUGGAUGUAAAAUGUUACUGUUGUAAUCUGGAGAUCUGGAUAGUUCUGUGGUCUUUGUAAAACUUUCUUGAACUUGUGCGUGGUAAAGAUUUUAAAACUCGUGUCAUAACCACCAUCAUCAAAAGGUCUCACACCAGAAAUGAUUAUUUUCAAAAGAUACUGGGUUACAUUUCUGAUUGUUUGGAAAACACAUUGUUUUAAUAAAAAAAAUUCUUAAUUGGAAUGCUAGUAAAUCCAGUACAGACUGGUUUAUGUGAUAGUUUGGAGCAGCCCUUAGUGUUUAUUUGCUACUUACGUUUUUACUUUUCAGUUUGUAAGUACUGCCAUGUAAUGGUCAGCUAUGACAUCGUAUACAGCUCGUAUAGUUGUGUUUGUUGUGUAUUUUAAAACUUUUGCUCUUUACAGCACUUGUUGAUUUUAUGCACUUCCAUUGCUAUUUACAUGACAUGUUUGAGAUAGACUGGGUUAUAAUACUCGUUUACUAGUAACCCUACCCAGUAUCCAGAUAUUGUUUCUUUCGUUGUUGUUUUUUCACAACUGUUUUAAUGAGUACAUUCAAGACAGUUUGAAAAGUAUUAUUUAUAGACAUCCAACCAUUUACAGGAGUCUCGAACAAACAAUAUGUUGCUUUCACUUCCUUCCCCCAACCUUUACCAAUAAAAUUCAAAUGAAAUGGUUGUAUUUAUAACGAGUAACUCGAUGUCAGAAUCGUACACGUACAGUAAAAUUAAAAUCAAAUGUUUGUAUGUAUAGUAAGUAACCCGAUGUCUGAAUCGUACACGUACAGUGAAAUUCAAAUGAAAUUGUUUUAUUUAUAAUAAGUAACGUAAACUCGGAACCGUACACGUACAGCGAAAUUACAUGUAGGUUUACUCGUCUUCACUAGUAAACUUUGCUAUUCUAAGCAUACGAUUCAUUAUUCAUCCACCGAUUACGUAAUGGAGCAAUUUUAAACAUUGCAUAAUUAUAAACCGUUCCCUUUUCAUACAUUCACUGUGAUUGGUCAGCGGUAGACCUAAGGUCAUGACCUAUGAUUCAAAAUUAUUUCAGUUUUCAGUGUCGGAAACAUUUUUGUUUUGUUCAGUACAAUAACUGUUUCCCAAUUACUAUUCUGAUUUGCGAAUGUUUGUGGGGAUGGCUCUUUGGGAUGUGAUGGGGAGUGGUAAAUAAAAUAGUAACAAUAUUAAUUAUGUUAAAAGUCCAUGAAUGUAUGCAUGAUGUGUUGCAGAUAUUCAGUAUCAUGCAUAUGGUGUUACUUUAUCCGAGUAAUUAAAGCAUAAAAGUUAUACCAAUACGUAAAAACACAAUUUAAGUAUAAAAGACAUGUGAACACGUAGACACACCCCUCUUUGUUACCGGCCCCGAUCGGACUGCUGGUGCUUCCUUGCACCUGCCAGUGCAGGCGGUGCCCCCCCCCCCCCCUCCUUCCCAUCCCACUCCUUUUCUGUCCUGGAUGGAGGAGCCGGCUGAGGCAGACACCUGUGCCCAGGAUAGGGGUGCGCUACAACAGCUUGCUCUGAACGUGCAUGUUAAACACUCUGACCUGACCUGACCUGUAGACACACCGCUAUGAACUGUAUGGAAUUGGUGUCGACAUUACUUCUUUUACGUUACUAAUAUCCUUUUAAUAACUUUAUUCCAUGUGUUGAAACUACUGUCAUUGAGAAUUAAUUAAUUUAGUUGUCAGUCUUCUUCGACUUUUUAGUCAAACGUUUUAUUUUUUAACAUUUUAAUAUUAUAAUCAACUCAUAUUGGAAUUUGAAACAAUAUUUUAAUAUAGAAAGUUUAAAGAGAAACAAAUUAAGAGACGAUAAUUGUCAUUUUAUUAGAUUUUGGUUUUUAAUUUGCUCUGAUUAACUAAAAUCCAGAAACCUUUCUAUAUACAUAUAUACAUUUUCGUGUUGUUUCUUGUUGCUUCACAUGUAAAUACACCAUUAUAUGCAUUGUUUACUUCGUGUGGGUGAUUAUAUUUCUUACAUUGUGUACAGAAUACUGGGAACUCUGUUUAUCAACGUUUAAAAUGUUUGUUUUUAUGUUUUACGAUUGAGAUUUUGUGCAAUGGUAAUUCUAUUUGUAUAUGUGGGUUAAUAAUUUAGCCAUGGUAAACUUAGUUUUGUUCAUACACUGUAGUUUAAAACCUUAAGUUUGAAAUCCAGUGGUGUCAGAUAGAAUACUAAUGUUAUUAGUGUCGUUUGUACUCACAUAUGGCGGAAUUUUAAGAAACAACAAUAUUACUUUACUCCUGUUGGGCUACAGCAAGAAAUAAAUACUAACCAUAUU